GCACAGAGAGAGAGAGAGAGAGAGAUCAAUGGCGCCCGUCGGCCUACCGCCGGGGUUUAGGUUUCAUCCGACGGACGAGGAGCUUGUUAAUUACUACCUCAAGAGGAAGGUCCAUGGCCUCAAGAUUGAGCUUGAUAUCAUUCCUGAAGUUGAUCUUUACAAAUGUGAACCUUGGGAAUUGUCUGAUAAAUCAUUUUUACCAAGCAAAGACCCAGAUUGGUAUUUUUUCGGACCGAGGGACCGAAAAUACCCGAACGGGUUCAGAACCAACAGGGCCACCCAAGCCGGGUACUGGAAAUCGACGGGAAAAGAUCGCCGGGUUCGUUGCCAGAACCGAGCAAUUGGCAUGAAGAAGACCCUGGUUUAUUACAGGGGUCGAGCUCCCCGAGGAAUCAGGACCGAUUGGGUCAUGCACGAGUAUCGGAUUGAUGAUAAGGAGUGUGAAGAUAAUACAAUGGGAAUGCAGGACGCAUAUGCUCUGUGUAGAGUGUUCAAGAAAAAAGCAGUGAGCGCCAAAGUAGAAGACCAGAGAUCACAGUGCGGUAACUUGCUGUUCAUGAUUGAAAGCCCACAACAAGGCUCCGCCGUCGAUCAGCACGAGACCAUGUCGCCGGAUAUUGUUCCGUUGAGAUCGUCACCGUGCGUCGACGACGAAGAAGACAAGGGUGAAGACGACGGUUGGAUGCAGUUCAUCGCAGACUACGGAGAUGACAGUACUCCUCAUCCUUCUUCUUGUGUGGCUUCUGCUAAUUAGUUAACUAAAGAGUUUUUUGGGGUUAAUUGCUGAUGGCCCCCUAUAUUUCGCCUAAUUUUGGAUUGACCCCAUCUACUUAUACUGUUGCAGAUGGAACCCUAAGUGAAAACUUCACCCUCGAGAGAGUCCUCAUUUUUUUGACAAAUAUUAGGUCCCCUGAUCGAGUAUAAAUUAAAUACCUGUUUAAAAAAAGUUCACUCUCAGGAGCUCUAUAUAUAUAAGCAGCAAUAUAACUUUGAGAUGUCUGUUCGCAAUUGGGUGAUAGUACAUGAGUUCCCUCCGCAAUAUCCUCUAAAUUAUAGUAGUUACACCCUCUGAAUCACACGACAGAGGAAUCUAGGAUUUUGGAAAGCAUAAUUUGUCAAUAAAAAGUUUAAGGGGGUAUAACUGCAUCCCUAUAAUAUAUGAGGUUAAUUUAUCUGCAAUUAACCCCUUUUUUUCCCUUUGGUUUUGAGUGAUAUUGAUGGCUAAUCAAUAACAUGAUUUGGGUGCAUUAUUGUCAUUUGUGUAAUAAUUAAAAAGAGUCUUGACAAGUAUGUGGGCUUCCAGUGCUCGUAGCUUGCAUGGGGUUGGCUGUGGUCUUUUUAUUUGUGGCCUAAAACUUUAUUCUUUGUGGAUAUGUAUGUAACAUAUAUAUACGAAACAAUUUCUUGUAUUUUUAUUUUUCUUAUGAUAUAUUUCGGUAAUGAAAGGAAAA